AUGAGAGAACCAGCUCCAACUGAACCUUCUGCCAUGAACAAGACCGUGCAGCAAGUUGUACUCACUCACUCAAUAUACAAAAAUACUAUGAAUUUGAUUAAAGAUGCUCGAUACGAUAUGCAGCAGGAAGGGAAUCCACACCCGGGGAACACGGACGGACCGGCUACGGAGAUAACGAACACACACACACGUAUGAAUAGGACACGAUUUAACAGAUUGACACAGAAUAGAGGAGCGCUGACGGUCGCCGGGCCCGCUCCCGACCGAGACAACGGACUGACGGACGUCCGCCAACAGAGACACAUAGAUACGACUGACUUAUAA